GUCCCGCUUAGAGGUCAGGGAAGAACUUCCGUCAUGCGUAUUUGAGUUUUUCGAGGCUAUGGCUUACACAUGUGAUGCAUGUUGAAACUGAGCAUAAAUAAAGAUUGUCAUUUACACCACACUGCAAUGGCUGCAACUUCUGCUGUUAAGGGUGAACAGGAGUCAGAAAGUAGCCCUUGUGGAACACAAAACAACAACAUGCCACUGAAGGCAGAAAAACACCCAGAAAGUUUAAAAUCAACUGCUUUGCUAGAAAAACAAAGUAUGGCUGAUGAUAACUCAAAACUUUUAAGUGAAAAGACAGUAAAAGAAGAGCAAACUGUUAAAAAGUUUGUUGAUGCUCCAGUGCCAGCCACAAAUGCAUGGACUAAGAGAAGUGUCAACUUUAGUACUGAGACUUCACAAGUUAAUGCUGAAACAAAAGUUUUAGAUCGUCAAAAUCCCGAACCUGUUUUACCAGAUAAGCAACCCCAGGAAAAAUUAAAUCUCCAGGGUACCUCAAAAAACAUUGCACACAAGUCAAGCAAAUUUUCGAAAACUGCAAGCAAUCAUGAUAUACAUAAACCAGAAAAGCUUAAGGUGGAUAAACCAAAAAGUGAAUCUAAUGGUAAUAAACCAGAACUUAAUCAAUUGCCAAAGAUUAAAAAGUUUGGGGAAGACUUUGUGGAAGCACCCUUGCCUGCAGUAAAUCCUUGGAAAAAGCCAUCAGUUACUAACAUUUCUGCAACUGCUCCUUUUGUGGCUGAUCAGGAUCCUACCCCAGCAGCAGUAAAGAAUAAAGAAAUAAAGCCAGUGGUGCAUAGUAUUUCAACAGAUCCUACAAAAGAAGCCAAACCACCAGAGAAUGCCUCGAGUGAGCCUGUAUCUAAUAAGACUACUGGGCCAGCAUUAGUAGAUGACAACUGGCCAGCCUUGCAUGAAGUUAAAGGUCCAGAGCAAAAUCAGACAGUGCCGGCUAAAGCUUCCAAAUCAAAGGUCAAGACAACUUCUUCGGGAAGUACACCUUCCACAACACCCACUGCAACUAUUCCAUCUGGACCCCUCCCUCUUUCUUCUGGUGGUGGGGACUCUCUUACAGUUAGUAAGGUUGAGGUGCCCAACAAGCCAACAGAUGCUAGUCCAGCUACGGUUCAGGUGCAAAGUGAUUCAGGUGGAGAUGAUUCUUCAAAAGAAAACAAAGAAACAUCGAAUGGGGAUGAAUCAAAUAGUGCAGUUAAAACAAAGAAAGGAACGAAACCAAAAUGGCAGAGAAUGGAAAUUGAACAUCCAAAGCCUGAUCGUCGUAACAAGAGAAGCAGAAGUCAAGGAAGGCGUUUCUCACCCAAUCGUCGAGAUGGCAAACGAGCGGGUGAAAGAUUUCGCCCAGACAGCAGAAGAUCGGAUGUUGGUCCAGACUCUCAAAACUGGCGAGAAAACAUGCUUCCCCUUAGUAAUACGGGCGCAACCACAUCUAGCAGCACUGAAGUAAAUAGAAACAAUAGUGGUGGAAAUUUCCUUGGUGGAAGGGGGAGUAGAGGCCGUGGUGCAAAUCGUGGAAAUUUUCGUGGUCGUGGCGGGCGUGGUAGAGGUGGACCACGUGAUACCAUGUCUCCACCAUUCCAAGCCACUUCUAACAACUGGAGCCCUGACCAGGCAUUUCCCGGUAUGCCGACAGAUCAUGAUUCAAUACAAGCAGCCACAUGGAGUGCAGGCUUUAAUCAGGUCCAAACUAUUCCCCGUGUACCUCCUAUAAAUCCAGCAGUGAUGCUUGGAAUGGACCCUAGUAUCUACAUUCAAGAUGCUUUGCUUAAUAUAUUAGGACAAGCCUCAAUGUUUUAUGAGCAUCCUCAAAACUCAUAUCCUCCUGAAACAUUGCAAAACCAAGUAGAGUAUUACUUUAGUGAAGAGAAUCUUGUGAAAGAUUUGUUCUUGAGGAAAAAAAUGGAUGAAGAAGGUUGGGUAAAGUUGGAACUUGUUCUGAGUUUCAAUAAAGUAAAAGAACUGAAAGCUGAUCAUAAAAGUUUAAUACAGGUUAUCAGAUCCUCAACUAAGUUGCAGUUGUCAGAAAAUGAAGAUUUUGUAAGAACUGUGAAUUCGCCAGAAGUAUGGCCAAUAAAGGAUGACCUAAAAGGGCUUCCACCACCACCAGCCGUCCAAAGAGUAGCAGCCAUGUCGACAUUGCAUUCUGAUGCACCAGAAUUUGUACCAGGAAAACCAUUUGUGUUGAGAAGUUUAACAAGUGAUCCUCAGGACUUUGUAUUGACUUCUCAAGGCACUGAUUCAAGAAGUGCUGGACACAGAUGGUCUCAGGCAGAUGAUGAUGAGGACAAUUUUCUUUGCGAUGCUGCAAGUAAUCUAACCACAAUUCCACCAAUGCUUUCUUCAAGUGCUCCACAAUUAUCAAUUGAUGAAUGGCAAACAGUGCAGCAUAAAGCCAAGAAAAAGGAAAAAAAGGGUGUGGAGAAAGAAAAAUCAAAGAAUGAAGAGGCUAAAGUAGAGGAUGACCGUGAAGAACUUGAUUUUAUGUUUGAUGAAGAAUUGGAUAAUCUUAAUGUUGGCAGAGCUAACAACUUCACUGAUUGGUCUGAUGACUCUGGUGAUGAAAUUGAUGAUAAUGAUGUUGAUAAAAUUUUGAUUGUGAUGCAAACACCACCAGCUCUACGUAAACAUCCGGGUGGGGACAGAACUGGCGAUUAUACUAAACGUUCAAAAAUUACAGCUGAACUAAGCAAGGUUAUCAAUGAUGGCUUGUUUUAUUAUGAGAAAGAUUUAUGGGACAAUGAAUUAAUGAGUGAUUUUGAUUUUAAAACUGUUAAUGUGAUAAGCAAAGAGGAAUUUGACAAAAUUACGCCAUCUAAAUCAACUUCCGAAGUUGAAGAACAAGAGCUACCUCCACCACCACCACCACCAACAUCAGUUCAUACAGAAAGCCGCAAGGUUCCUAGUCCACCAUCUUCUCAAACAGGUCAUGUUGAUGUGGCAAGGUCAUUGCCAGCUUGGGUUCCAGAUACACCAGGUAGACGUGAGCAAGGCCCACGAACUCCAAGGCAUGAUCGCAAAGAGCCUAGAUUUUAUCCAGUAAUAAAGGAUCCAGGUGCCCCAAGAGAUCCACAGACCCCUCGUAAGAAAAAGACCCGCCACAGCAGCAAUCCACCCAUCGAGUCUCAUGUAGGAUGGGUCAUGGAUAGUAAAGAACACAAAGUUCGUUCCAGACAUAAUUCAUCCUCCUUGUCUAUGCGAUCCUCCAGUCCAUCAGACAGCCAGCUUGCCUCCAGUUAUGGUUGCACACCUGUUUCGAUGCCACACUUUGAACAUCCAUCACAUGAACUCUUAAAAGAAAAUGGAUUUGUCUGGCAUGUUUAUAAUAAAUUCCAUUCCAAGUGCCUUAAAGAACGCAAGCGUCUAGGUGUUGGGCAGUCCCAGGAAAUGAAUUGCCUCUACCGAUUCUGGUCCUUUUUCUUGCGCCAGCACUUCAACAGAAAAAUGUAUCAUGAAUUCAAAACUUUAGCUGUUGAAGAUGCCUCCAAAGGCCACAGGUAUGGUCUAGAGUGCCUUUUCAGAUACUUCAGUUAUGGUUUGGAGAAACGAUUUAGACAAGAAGUCUUCCAGGACUUUAUGGAGGAAACCAUGAGAGAUAAUAAAAAUGGUCAGCUAUAUGGACUAGAAAAGUUUUGGGCUUUUCUUAAGUAUUCCCGUAGGAGUGUUGAUGUGCAUCCAGAACUUCAAGCAAAGCUUUCUCAGUUCAAAAAGCUUUCAGACUUCAGAAUUGAUGAAGAUGACCAGAACUCAAGCAAUGCUGAAAGUGCCAGUACAUCAGCAUUGAAUAAAUCAGCACAAUCAACUCAAUCUCAACCAUCAGCUGAUGUUUCAUCAAGUAAAGGCAGCAAUACUACCAUACUCAACAAAAGCUAGUUAUGUAGUAAUAACACCUGAUUUGGCACCAGCAUUUCUAUCAGGCAGUUUUUAAACAUUAGAUGGGAUCAGUUGGAGGCUAAACUUAUGAAAUAAUAGUUAAAAUUUUAUGGGUUUACUGCUAAUUGUUUAUGUAAUUAAAACCCAUUGUUAAUAUUGAACUAAGUAUUAUGCAAUUGUUCCUUGUUGCUGUACCCUUAAUUUGUUUAGCCCAUUAAAUGGAAAAUGCAGGGCUGUGAAGUGAAAGUUGAUAUACACCUGCAUUUCUUAUCUUUCUAUCAGAAACAAGACUGAUGAUUUAUUGCUUGAUAGCAAAUUUCCAGUCACGUUUGUAUUUUGUAACAGGCAAAAAAAAAUUUCCUUUUGUUAGUGUACAUUUGUUUUCAGUGUUCAUUUUUCUUGUUUUAAAAAUAGCAAAAUACCAAUAUUUGUUUUUACAGUCCAUUUCAAAAAUCUAUUCAGAGGGAAGAUAAUCUUUUUGUUGGAUAUGCAAGUGUGAUCACUAGCUUCCACAGUCCUGUAAGGGAUUUAAGUGUUUACAAAAAUUUCUUUGUACAUAACUUGUUUAAUGGAGGAAAUAUUUAAACAUAGCAUAAACUAUUGUCCAGAGCUGGAUUAUUAACUGAUAACUUAAAGUUCAUGCUUUUUGCAAGAGUAAAAGAAAUAUUGAAUGUGAUAAUUUAAAAUGGACUGCUGAAGAAAAAAAUGAGUACAGACACUUAAUUUUGAGAAUUCCAUUUUACCAUGCAAGCUAACCAAAAGGUUCAGUGUGGACAUGAAAGUGAUUCCCACUGGAUGUCGAUCUUUUCAGGUGACAACAGCCUACAAUAAAACUUUUAAAAAUUCAGUGGUGUUACUAAUUUAAGCAGGACAUAUAAACUUUUAUUUAUAACAGCAUAGCAUAUUUUUUUUUUAGAUCUGUGUUCAUUUUAACUGCUUAACUUACUGAUUUUUAAGUUUUGUAGCUGAAUUUUUCUCUUCUUUUUUAGAAUAAUUUAAACUGUAAUUGCACUUUCUAAAGCAUUAACUCAGUAAAUAAGUUCAUACCACUUGGAAGCUUUGAUUAAGGAAAUUGUAUAUAAUGUAUGUUUUUGCAAUUUCAUUUUGUGUUGGUUGUAGGAUUUUUAUCAGAUUUUUUUUUUUUAAAGAUUCUUUAUAAUGGUAGCAAGAUAAUUAAAUUUAAUGGACUUGAUAAAAGUGUUGUUGCAUUAAGAAAAAGUUUUUAUAUUAAAAAUUUUAUGGAAUAUUAUAGUUCGAAUUUGAGAUUGCACUAAUUUUAAAUUUGAAUAUUUAAUUUGAGACUGCUAAUAGUGUUAAAUGUAUGUAUGCUGAGCAAAUAAAUUUGGUGUGAUGUUGCUAGACCGAAAUUAUACGUAGACCUAAUAGGAGUAAACAUUUAAACGUUUUUUUCUAUGUUCAAAUCAUUUAUUUAAAUUUCACAUUUUCACAAUUAUAAUGAAAGCAGUAAAGUAGCUUUCCUGUUACACAGCAAUUACAAAUACAAGUCUAUGGAAAAAAAAAACCCACAGAAAUGUUACAUGAAAAGAUACUCCAGCUGACUGUAAGCUUGCUUGUUUUUUUUUCUAGACAUGCAAGUGUUAGAUGUUUAUUUUUCUGAGCUACAGAAGUGUUUUGUCAUGAUUUUUAAUGAUAAUGUCUAUGCCUGUCUAUUUGGUUAGUCACAUUACUAAAAAAAAAAAGUUAAUUUUUGUAAUGCAUAAUUGUUGCAUUACAUUGUUUUUUAAUUGUUACUUUGUAACUAUACAAUGUUUAAUUUUAUUUCAUGUUUGUAAAAAAACAAUAUAUUGUUUAAUUUUUAAAAAAAAAAGCUACUGUGUCUCAAUUUUAAAUUUCCAAAGUAUGCCAUAUUCUCAGUAAAUUUAAUCAAGGAUUAUUAUUAUUUUUUGAAUUGUAAAGAAUAUGAAUUUUUUUGUUUUCUAGUAACUUGUUUACUAAAAUAGUUGGUUUAAACUACCACAGACAGGUAGUAAGUUGAUUGAAACAUUUUAAAUUUACUUUUCGGGUUAACUUGAAUCUUAGAGCCAGUUUCAUUUAACUAUGCAUCAGUUAAAUGUGAAAGAAAUCGUAUCAGUUCUUCUAUAUUAUUGGCAUUAGAUUAAUACUGUUGAGUUAAUAACAUUUAAUGUAAUAUAUUUUUUUGUAAAUAUUAUAUUAUAUUUUGAUCAUGAAUCAUGUUUCCAUAGACCUACAAAAAUAUUAGUGUUGUUGUGAUUUCAUGAUUAUUUGUAAAUCAGCCUUGUCACUUCCCCUAUUGUGUGUGUGCUGAUCUUAUUGUUUAUUGGUAAAGGAUCAUUAAACAAAAGGUUACGGCAGUAGGUGAAAUUUAGUUGUCAUGUUAUAUCACAGAUGCUGUUAAAACAGUUAAUCCAUUAGGUUUAGUUGCUCUAAUUUAGAUAUUUGGUCUUAAUAAUUAGAAAUCUACUAGUUAUAAUUAUACUUAAAUUAACACUCUAUAAAAAUACUGAGGCAUCCUUGUGUUCAUUAUUUUUAGCAAGCUAAUGUGUUUGCUAUUGUCAGUAACAGUUAAGGUGAACAUACCUCAUGCUGCUAAAUGGGUUUGCAGAAUAGAAACAGAUUUUAGACAGCUGGGCUGUCUUUUAUGCAAAGUUACAGCAAGAGAUAAACUAAAACAUUACUUGCAGUGUAUAUAUUUUGUAAAGUAGUUAUAUUUUCUGUAACUUAAAAAAAACUAAAGAGACCGUAAAUACUUAUUUUAAUCAAUUCCAUAAUAAUUUUCCCAAAUUUCUUAACAAUUAAUCUGCUUUAUAAAUGCAACUGGCAUAUUGUUAAAGAAUUAUAGAGAAGAAAAACUUGCUGUCAAGAAAGGCUGAUAAUACUGAUAUACAAGUUCUCAGUGUGGAACACCCAUUUGUAAAGUCUUUUAACCAUGUUACAAAAACAAUGGGAAGUUGGUAUUUCACCUUAAAAUAUUAAAUGAGUUGCAUGGUUAUCAAUGUUUAGGAGGUUCACUCAUUUUCCAAACACUCAAGUUCUGCAACAUCUGUCAGUAGUUGUGAUUGAAAUAAAACCUCACUUCAAUAGAACAAGUAUUUGUACUGGUUCAUGGUUAUUGUACAUGCUGUUUUCCCUAACGAUCCUCCCCCAUUUGUAAAUUAUAAUCGUGCAUCUCUUUCACCAUUUUUAUUCCAGCUUUUGAAAUUGUACUGUUGUAUUUUAAAAUGAUGUUCAAAUGCUAAUUCAAUUUUUUUCAAGAUGGCUAUAUGGUUAUUAUUAGACUUUUACUUCUCAUUAUGGGGAAGGGAUCCACGAUCAUUUGAAUAAAUUUUUUUUUCAAAUUUC